AAGGAGUGGCAAGUGGAAUGUUAGUUAAAGAGACCGGUACUCACACUAUGUAAGCCAUGCCUCUUCCCAUACAAGGCAAGCCCACAUUAGAGGAAGAACCGCCCAGGGCAUGAGCUUUAAAAAGCCUUGCUCAGGCAAUAAAACACAUACUAUCUUUUUCGCAAGCAGUAAAGUAUGCUGGAGAUGGGUGGGAGGCUAUGGACCAUCCAGCUGUUAGUUCAGACUCUUUGUUUGACAUCAGUUGACGCCUUCUCCAAUGGAAAAGUGACUGAAGCCUGUGGGAGUAUGAUGCCAAAACAUGGCCAUGCCCCCAAUACCACCCACUCUCCCUACUCUCUGGCUGUCAAUGUCACUGAAUUCAGUUCUGGAGAUUACAUCCAAGUUACCAUAUCUGGAACAACAUACUUCGAGGGAUUCCUGCUCGAGGCUCGAAAUGCAUCCAAUCCGGACUCUGACGCUGUCGGCUCCUUCAUCCUGACCAAUCCUAAAACCACACAACUGUUGCAAUGUGGCCACACUCCGGGUUCAGCUGUCAGUCACACAAGUGAUGCCAGACAGAUACAAAUGGUGGUAAUCUGGAAAGCUCCCCAAAACUCACCCGACGCUGUCAACUUUCUUGUGACCGUAGUGGCUCAUUACAAGACUUUCUGGGUGAAAAUCCCCAGUCCUGUUGUGUCUCACAGUGGGGUAACUCCCAUCCCACCUAAACCCACCACACCUUCCACUACCAUAAAGACGUCAACUCCCUCUGUGUUGCCCAGACCAUUCAGCUCAGUGGGCUGUGGCCAACAGAAGUCCUGCCUGUUGGACCCAGUGGGAUGUGACCCGGAAAAAGAUCCAUCGUGCUUCUUCCUGUCGUUCACCCCCAAGGGUCAGACUGUGGUGUUUGAGCUCAGUGGGCCCUCAGAUGGCUACAUUGCCUUCGCCCUCUCCCAUGACACAUGGAUGGGGGAUGAUGACAUGUACCUAUGUGUGAGGGAUGACAGCUUGGUGGAUGUGAGCGCAGCUUAUGUCAAAGGAAGGUCCUACCCACAGGAGGCCUCUGAGAAUGUUCUUACAGAUGUGGCCUGGAGAUUGGCGGAUGGAGUCAUUCAGUGUCAGUUUCGUCGACAAGUUCUUGUCCCACAGGACCCGACCCGGUUUAGCCUGGACGCACAGUACUUCCUGUUCAUGGCAUCCGGUGAAGCUGAAAACGGCGAGGUGCACAGGCAUGACCGCCAACCCCUCAUAUCCUCACAGCAGUCGGUCAUCAACGGCCCAGCAGAGAUUCUCAAUGGCUCUCGGUCACCACUUCUCAUGAAAUUUCACAGCAUUCUGAUGUUAAUUGCCUGGAUGUUGGCUGGAAGCACGGGUACUUUCGUAGCCAGCUACUUCAAGCCUGAUUGGCCAGAGAGAACACUGUUUGGUCAGAGAAUUUGGUUCCAGGUGCAUCGAGGGUUGAUGAUAUUAACAGUGCUGCUUACCUGUGUGGCCUUCACUCUUCCCUUCAUCUACAGAGGAGGUUGGAGUAAGCAUGCUGGGGCCCAUCCCUACCUGGGAUGUACUGUACUAGCCCUGGCUCUCCUUCAGCCUAUCAUGGCCACUCUCAGACCUCCCCCUGACUCCUCCAGGAGGUGGGUGUUUAAUUGGCUGCAUUGGGGAGCUGGCACUGUUGCUGAGAUUAUGGCUGUGGCGGCCAUGUUUUUGGGGAUGGGCCAGCAAUCUGUGCUCCUGCCUCACUCCUGGUGCCUGGUGGUUCUGGCUGGGUUCCUGGCAUGGGUCGUUCUCUUGAGGGUGCUUCUUGGGCUCCAUAAAAAAGGCUACAUUAAAACACGAUUUUGUGACUUUGUUUCCAAAGCGAGUGACACUGAUCAGCAACGGAUUCUUGCUGACGACUCAGAGGACAGCACUUGGGAUGCAUGGUUCAAAAAUGCUGUCCUUCUUGCCUUUGUUAUUGGGAAUAGUGGGUUCCUGAUCAGCUUCAUUCACACCAUCAGUGGAUUGUGAUGAAUCUGUGAGAAGGGCCAUUCCAUGGUACAUGACAACUCACUGUCUGGAGGAAAGGUGGAGAAAUGUGGAGGAUCCUGAUUCUUAUUCAGAUCCCGGCCACAGGCAGAUCAAAGCGCUGAACCAGAUCUAAAGCUAUAAAUGGAAUGAUAGGGAAUAUAUAUAUACAAAAAAAUAC